AUGGCAUAUCAGAUAUCACGACCGAACGAUGAUACAGAUCGUACCUUAUGGAUGGGUGAUUUAAGUCCUGAUUGGGAUCAGGCAUUCAUAGGAGAAGCAUUUGCACGAAUGGGUGAAGAUGUAACAAAUGUGAAAAUUGUUUUUGAUAAACAUAGUGGAAAGCAAGCUGGUUAUUGUUUCAUUGAAUUUGCUGAUCGUGAUUCGGCUCGUCGUGCGAUGUUGCAUAUUAAUGGAAAAAUUAUUCCAAAAUCAAAACCAUAUGCAGCAUUUAAUCUUUCUUUUGCUAAUUCACCAAAUGCACCGUAUACAGAAUAUAAUCUUUUUGUCAACAAUGUACCACAGGAUAUGGAUGAUGCAGCACUUUUUUUGAUUUUUGGCGAACGUUAUGAAUCAUGUCGUGGAGCAAAAGUAUAUCGGAAUACAGAUGGAUCGUCGAAAGGUUUAGGCUUUGUACGGUUUUCAGAUCAAACUGAUCAACAGAGAGCAUUGCUUGAAAUGAAUAAAUAUCGUGUCGAUGGUAAGCAACUAAUCCUCAAAUUAGCGCAACCGAAAUAUCGAGCACCACGACAACCACGUCAUCUUCAACAACAACAGCAACAACAACAACAACAACAAGCUCAGAAUAAUAUUACUGGUUAUGAUAAUGCCAGUAAUUAUUUGCAGACUCAGGAUAAUAACACAUCAUCUGUAACAACACCAACAUCAGUAACAUCUUAUUAUCCGUAUAAUGCAACACCUGUAGCAAAUGCUCAUGCAGUGAAUACUUAUCAUACAUCAUAUACAUAUCCAUCAAUACAUCCUCGAACUACUCCUCAACAAGCUAUUUCUGAACAAUACUAUUCAUGCGUAGUUGGUGGAGCAAUUGUAUCAUAUGAAAUGUGUGGUAUUGAAUCGGUAGAAGAUGAAUCAGCUGAACAGAGCAAUGAAUAUUUGUUGCAAAAUGGUGAGGAAUUUUAUGAAGCACUUGAGCAAAGCAGAUGGAGUAAGGUUGUAUUUGAUGCUAAUAUGUGUGAAGAUGAUCUCUUAAAAGUUCUUGGUUAA